AUUCUACCUGGAAUAAAUAUUCGCUACACUAUCGUGUAAUCAAGUCUACCAUAAACUCCUCUAACCUACUAUAAUGUCGAUGAGAAAAGGAUUCUUCACAAAGCUGAUGAAAUUAGUCGGCCGAGGAAAUCAGGUUCAGUCUUCGAGAAAGUGUCUGGCACAACUAUACGAACAGCGAAAAAAGCAAGGACAACGAUCUUCGAUGUCGUCACAUUUGAGCCAAAUUGAACCUAUGCCUACAAUUCUGGAAGAGGACGAGUCAGCUUUAAACGCUUAUUGAUGCUCAGAAAUGAGGCAUCUUCUCACUAGAUUCCAAUAACGGCUACGAUGUGCAUAACAUGAAAUGAUCUCCCUCCAAAAAAAGAAAACGGGUUUUCCUGAUCUCAACUCUCGCGAUCUCUACAUAUACAGCAAAGUCAAUACUGCAAACACUGCACGAUGUAAAAGACUACUGUUAGACUGAAUGACAACGGUACCGGUUUGGAGUGUGAGACUGCUGCAAAACAUGUUAUAAAUUUCUCUUGAUUGCUGUUCUGCUUGUAUAUGCUGGUCUUUUACGUGUAUGGUAUUCUAUGAAGUAACUUUCACCGAUUAUUUCUUGGUGGAAUAAUGUUGCUACAAAUCCACAAAUUUAUAUUAUUUUGCUGUUAGUUUUCGUGUUAAGCAGUGACCGAAGUUUUCCGAGCUGGAUUUGCCAGC